AUGCAAAUUUAUGGGAAGACUUUAGAAAAUCUGAAAAAUAGGGCAAUCUACAGAGGAAUUUCAUCACUGGGUGAUUGUGGUAUCAAUCCACUUCGAGCAGGAAUCAUCUUACAACUACAAGCAAUUGGAGUUAUUAGAAGUCAGCAACAGCAGGAGAGCAAUGUAGUGAAAGCACUGAUCACAGAAAUUCAAGGAGAGAACAUUCAGAUACGCAGGAGAAAGCCUUUUGAUCCUUCUAAAAGACUGAAAGACGUAAAAAUAAAGAUGAUGUACCUCAAAUGGUACAUAAAGGACACAGAAGAACAAGGAGGUUACUAUGACAGCUAUAAAUAUGCACGACGCAGACGUGCGGAGGAUAUCAGAGAGAAAGAAAAAAUUGCCAAGCACAAGGACGAACUGUCGGAGUACUGGGAAAAAAUGGUUGAAGAAAUGAAGCAAAUACCUCAGAAGGAGUGGGCUCCUUUUCGGACUGGGCUCUAUUCAGGGAAUAACUGUAGGAGGCUUAUCGAACCGCUCGAUAUAGCCGAGUACUAUAAUGCCGGCAAAAAAGACUACCUGAAGCAUGGAAGGGCUGAGCAUUACAUACUAUUGGAGAAGUGGGUGAACAAAGACAAACCGGCCAUGGAACCGAGAAGCAAAGCUUGUAGUCGGACUGAGGAUUCUUGUUUUUGGGCACAUGUGGAGGAGGCUAUGAUUUCAUGCGAAGGGUUGAAGGAUGGAACAAGUAGCACAGAAAACAGAAAGUCAGCAACGCAAAAUCUGCUUCAGUUUGAGAGGUACAUGAAAGGUUCGAUAGAAAACUUAGCAGUUUCCCCUGAGAUUUUCUUAGGGCAAAACAGUUUCAUGAAGUUGUGGAGAGAGUAUGAAAAACUCACUGGAGCUUCAUAUAAUUCUUGGUUGACUGAUUUUAUGAGGAACGGUUACCGGAGCUAUGCUUAG